CUCUUUCCUAGAGUUUGCUAUGAGGAGAAUACCCCUAUUUGAGGUUUUAUCUUUAUAUUAUUUAUCAAUUGAAGAAGUAUAGCUAUUUUUAUGCCUAUUGCCUAGAGUGGGGGGCAGAGUUUCAUCGAAGGUAGAGCUACCAUGCUUAUGUUUUGAUGCACCUUAUACGCACUCCAUCUGUUCCUUGGGCAUGUUAAAUCAAUCUUACAUCUGAACCCGCUAUCUGGAACUACAACUGUUGAUCGCCAAAGCGUUUGAAAUAUUUUUAAAGUUAAACUCCUAUUGUAUGAUGUUCACAUUCUCUAUUUUGUUUUAUAUUUGGACAUUACAUACCUAUCUUGCUACUUAUACAUUUUUUUAUAUCUUAACCCAGUAUUUGGAAUUACAAUUCUUGGUUGUGGAACCUUGUAUUUGAAUGCAUUAUGUCGUUGACUUUGAUUGUCAUUUUUAUUGUCAUGACAUAUUUUAUUAUUUUGAUCAGCGGCUUGACAUAUCAUUUACAUACCUUAAUCUGAGUAAUGGCACUUACUUUUGGUGAGUUUUAUGAUGUGGUUGUAUUCAUUAAUACGUCUUACUAGAUUUUUUUAUUUUUUUUUGUGUAGGUUAGUCAGAGUAUCAUUAUAGAGUUUCAUAGUGAAAACUGGAUACUUGCUUAAUUUAGACUAGUCACUUGAACUUUAACUCCCUGCAGAGAGAUCCUAACUUGUGAAAUUAGAAAUGUGUUCUUUUUAAAUCGUAUUGAUAAUACCUUUCUUUCUACCUAUAUUUGAAUGGAGAAGCACAUAAACUUCUCAGAAUUUUUUGUUAGGGUGCUUUAGGGUUUUUUGCAUCAGCAAUUUUUUAGCUUAAACUUUAGGGUUUUUUGCAUCUAGCAAUUUUUUAGCUUAAACUUUAUGCUUGUCUCGUGUCACCCGUUAUCCUCGUAUGAUAUACUUUCAUAUUGGAGAGAAGACUGCAUUGACAGACUUCAUGUCUUUUGAUUCGUGAAUUGUUCAAGUUAAUUUUUCCUGACAAAUUUAUAUUACUGUGGUAGUACAAAGGUUGCCAGUGACCUCUUUGACGUAUGAGCAUUCUGGUGUACCUCUUUUAAGCUAGGAGCAUUCUGAUUGUGAUCUAGUAGUCUGAUGCUUUGACCAAGUAUUAGUGGAAAAUACUGAUUGUGUACCUCUUUUAAGCUAGGAGCAUUCUGAUUGUGAACCCUGAACCAAGUAUUAAAUGUUAAACGAUAGACCAAAGUUAAGUAGUUGGAACUACUUGCAAAAGUAGUCAUUAGAGGAAAAUUCAAAUUCUAGAUCAGGUAAGAUAAUAUCUCUACUUCUUUUAUGUGUCUUGAACAAUCCACUAACAUUUUUAUUUAUAGGUGUCUGUUGAAUUUGUUUUUCUGCAAAGAAUUUUGUGAUAGCUUUUCCGACUGUUGUAUAGGAAUAGCAACAAAAGUCACCACGCAUUAGAUGGAUAACAGCUGAAUACGAUGUUGUUCCACAAGUAUCCAAUUUCUGCUGGAACAUUGACUACAAUAGUGUAGUAGAUUGUGUGCCUGUAAUGAAGAAAUAAGGGUAAAAAGACAGGUGGCUGUAAUUAUCUACUGCCUUGCGCUAUUGCUGGUCAUGUUUGGCUGGUCUGUGGGAACCGGUACCAUGUUGUGCUGACACAGGACGAUGGCCUAUAUGGGCCUGGUCACCUACUGGUUUCAACAUCCUCUUUUUGCUUAGGUUCAACAUCGCAGAGCAUGUUAGUAUGGAUUCAGGCUGGUAGGUGGUAUCACUGGUACGUUGACAUAAAUUACAAUGUCCGGGGAAUUUCACCCCUUCUGGUCUUUAACAUUUGGGUUCGUUUUUGUGUUCUUUGUUGAUUGAUUCUUUAAUCAAGUAUUAUACUGCAAAAAAUCAUGCCGAAGUAGGAGACACCAUUAUAAUGGGAUCAGGUAACAGGAGACGGAUACAGUUUGUGGAGUGUCCCAAUAAUAUGAAUGGCAUGAUUGAUGCUGCAAAGUAUGCAGACGUAGUGAUGUUGCUCAUUGACGCAAAAUAUGGGUUUGAAAUGGGUUUGCUCUUGGUAAAUGUCGGGUUUGCGAUUAUUUUCCCUGACAAAUGUAAUGGCGUUGAGAAGAAGAUAAUAAACCAUGCACUGUCGAUUAUUUUUAUUGGAGUAGGGUAUAGGAGUGGGGACAUGAUGAGGUUCUUCGAUUAUUUCUCAGUGUAACUGCAGAAUGGCUUUUCUAGAUCCUUUGUUGCUUUGAACGUUGCAACCGGAUUAGCUGCUUGAAUAAUGGUUUGUACAGCCUUCCAUUAUUUCUACAAGCAGGUGGCUACUUGGAAAAAAGGAAGGAGUCAAAGUUUUUAAUGUUGCUGUUCCUUGGGUACAUCCAAGAGAUGGCUACUUCAAGAUUAAUUGUGAUGGCGCUUCAAAUGAACAUCAUUUUGCUGGCAUUGGUGGUGUUAUUCGAGGCGACAACGGAGUUUUUCAGGCUUGCUAUGUGAAGCACAUAUACAGAAACAAUAGUAAUGUUGCUGAAAUAUGGGCUAUAAGGAACGGUUUGCUGCUGGCAAAGGAACUGGGUAUACAAAAAAUUUAGGUGGAAAGCGAUUCCACUAUGCUGUAAUGCUUUGCAAUCAAGAUUGUGUUAUACCUUGGAGCAUGAAAGGUUUGGUUAAAGAUAUACAGAAGUUGAAGGAAGAUUUGAAGAUAUUGUGAUUGCCCAAAGAUAUAGAGAGGCCAAUUCGGUUGCAGACCACUUGGCGAAAGCUGGUGCUUCAAAGAAGAUGGAAGGUAUUUGGAUCAAUCAACCUCCAAGUGAAAUUGUUCAUUUGCUGAAUGAAAAUUUUAGUGGAAGAGCUCUCAUGAGAGCUGUGAGGGGAGUUCGUUAGUUUUUUUUGGCUGUAUGCCAGUGUACUAAAAAAAAAAAAAAAAAUUCAUAGAAAUGGUUAAGAGUUAAGACUCAGGAUCCCAUCUUGAUUGGUUUACCAUGAGCAAAUGCGCUCAUUUUUCACAACUUGAUUAUGGAAACUCACAUAUUUGCAACGCUAGAAAAUAACUCAAUGAGAAA